UAUUUUUCAAACCCCAUUUUCUAACCGUUUAAACUCCAUUUUCUUUCACUCAAGAACAUUCACACAUCAUCAAAUUCAAUUCAAUCCUCUCGGUUCUUGAAAACCCAUUUCCAAUUCCUUAAUUCCUCCCCAAUGAUCCCAAAUAAUCUCCUUCUUUUUGCCCUUUUCCUCCUCUUCACUCCCCCAAGAACAGAGUGUAUCGGUUUCGAUUUCAGUUCUUUCAACAUCAGGAACCUCACUCUCCUCGGCGAUUCCCACCUCCGCGACGGUGUUAUCGGCCUCACCAAGGAGCUCGGAGUCCCUUCCUCAAGCGCCGGUACCGUAAUUUACAACAAACCAAUCGGAUUUUACGACGCCGAUGCUAACAUCACUGCCUCUUUCUCUACAAGAUUCUCUUUCUCCAUCACCAACAUUAACCCCACUUCCUCCGGCGACGGCCUUUCCUUUUUCCUCUCCCCCGAUAAUCAGACUCUCGGUAGUCCAGGGGGGUAUCUGGGUCUCGUCAAUUCCUCCCAAUUGACCAAGAACAAGUUUCUCGCGGUUGAAUUUGAUACACGGCUUGAUUCUGUCUUCAAUGAUCCUAAUGCCCAUCAUGUUGGAUUCGACAUUGAGAGCUUGAUUUCGAUCAAGACGGCUAAUCCUGCUUCUCAAGGUAUUAAUCUCAAGAGUGGGAAGUCGAUUACGGCUUGGAUUGAGUACAAGAAUGAGGAAUAUAGGUUGAGGGUUUUCUUGAGUAAUUCUAGUGUGAAGCCUUCCAAGGCGCUUCUCGACGUCGGUGUCGAUCUUUCGAGCUAUCUUAAGGAGGUUAUGUUUGUCGGGUUUUCGGGUUCGACGGAAGGGAGUACUGAGCUUCAUUUGAUUGAGAAUUGGAGUUUUAAUACUUCUGGGUUUGUUCCUGUUAGGCCUAGAUUUAACCCUCAUAAUGUUUCUGAUAGCACUGUGAUUGUUUCUCCUAAUAUUUCUAUAUCUGAUUCUGGUAAUGGUCAUCACAGUAGGCUCGGGUUGGGUCUCGGAAUUGCCGGACCGGCUUUCUUUUGUGCUGUGAUUGCUGUGUUUGGUUUCUUUUCACUUAGGAAAUGGAGGAAGAUUAAGACUCAGAAAAACAUCAAGGCAGAGCUUUUGACAGGUCCUAGAGAGUUUAGUUACAGAGAACUAAAGACAGCCACAAAAGGAUUUCAUUCCAGUAGGAUCAUUGGCAAUGGGGCUUUUGGGACUGUCUAUAAAGCUUUUUGCAUCUCAUCAGGAACCAUUUCGGCGGUUAAAAGAUCGAAGCAUUCCCACGAAGGGAAGACCGAGUUCCUAGCCGAGUUGUCGAUCAUAGCUCGGUUGAGGCACAAAAAUUUGGUUCAGCUCCAAGGUUGGUGUGUUGAGAAAGGUGAAUUGCUUCUUGUUUACGACUUUAUGCCAAAUGGGAGCCUUGAUAGGCUGCUUUACCAGGAAACUGGAGAAGCUAGCUUGUUAAACUGGCCUCAUAGAUACAACAUUGCUGUUGGAUUGGCAUCUGUGAUGACAUAUCUACAUCAGGAAUGUGAGCAGCAAGUCAUCCACAGAGAUAUAAAGACGGGUAACGUACUGCUGGAUGGGAACUUCAAUGCGAGACUGGGCGAUUUUGGAUUGGCAAAGCUCAUGGAUCACGACAAGAGCCCCGUUUCGACUCUAACUGCAGGAACAAUGGGAUACCUUGCACCUGAGUAUCUUCAAUAUGGGAAAGCGACUGAGAAAACUGAUGUCUUCAGCUACGGUGUGGUUAUCCUUGAAGUGGCAUGUGGGAGGAGGCCGAUCGAAAGAGAAGCGGGUACUCAAAAGAUGGUAAAUCUGGUAGAUUGGGUUUGGGGAUUGCAUUCUCAAGGCAAGAUCAUUGAAGCAGCUGAUAAAAGGUUGAAUGGGGAGUUCAGGGAAGAAGAAAUGAGGAAGCUCUUACUUGUCGGAUUGAGCUGUGCAAACCCAGAUAGCUCGGUGAGACCUUCGAUGAGGAAGGUCCUGCAGAUUCUGAACAAUGAGGCAGAGCCAGUGUUCGUGCCGAAAAUGAAGCCUAGUCUUACAUUUUCUUGUGGCUUUUCACUGACUGUGGAUGACAUUAUAAUAGAGGAAGAAGGUGGAGGAAAGUGGGAAUCUUCAAAGACAACCAUUGUCCAAAUAGACUGAAAGUAACUUUUGUUAGUUUUUCUUGCGCCUGA